AUGUUUGAAAACCUUAAGGCGUUUAUUAGACAUGGCAAACAGGCCAAUGAGUUGAAGAGAAAAGAAGAUCCCACCUUUUCAACCAAAUUUGAUGGCGAUGGUCUUGUGGACAUAUCCAAUCUUCCCUCGCUGGCUGUGGAUGCGGAUGGAGUUCAGAUUCGUGAUGUUAGAAUGAGAACCGUGAGUGAAGCUGACUUGACCUCGGCUACUGCUACUUUGACCGAUACCAAUCCCAAAGAAACCAAGGAUUAUUCUCAGGUUGCUUCGCAGAUCGUGGAACAGGAGAACCUUCAGAAGGAGCAGCGCAAGAACGAAAAGUAUCCUGGUCUCGAGAGAUAUGAAAUCUUGGAUCAAAUGGGUGAAGGUGCGUUCUCUGUGGUUCAUAAGGCUAAACAACUUGAUACUGGUAAUUACGUUGCAGUCAAGAUCUUGAGAAAAUUCCAGAUGGACCAGGCUCAGAAACAGGCUGUUUUGAAGGAAGUGACCAUCUUGAGACAAUUGGAUCACCCCAAUAUUGUCCUGUUUGUUGAGUUUAUCGAUUCUGAGCCAUACUAUUAUAUUGUCCAGGAGUUGGCUGCUGGUGGUGAGAUCUUCACUGCUAUCGUCAACUACACCUAUUUUUCAGAAGACUUGUCCCGUCAUGUUAUCACCCAAGUUGGUAAAGCACUAAAGUAUUUGCAUGAGGAAGUUGGCAUUGUACAUCGAGACAUAAAGCCAGAAAAUUUGCUCUACACACCUAUUGAAUUCCGUCCCAGUAUGAACCCUAUCUCGAAGUUACGCAAAUCCGAUGACCCAGCUACUAAGCGAGACGAAGGAGAAUUUGUACAAGGCGUUGGAGGCGGCACCAUUGGUUUAGUUCAAUUGGCAGAUUUCGGGUUAUCCAAACAGAUUUGGGAACAUAAUACGAAAACGCCGUGUGGAACUGUUGGAUAUACCGCACCAGAAAUCGUUAGAGACGAAAAGUAUUCGCGUGAGGUAGAUAUGUGGGCUCUUGGGUGUGUAUUGUACACUUUACUUUGUGGAUUUCCUCCAUUUUACGAUGAGAGAAUCGAGACUUUGACUGAAAAAGUGGCCAAGGGAGAGUAUACGUUUUUGGCUCCAUGGUGGGACGAAAUCUCGACCGAGGCCAAAUACUGUGUUUCAAGGCUAUUAACAGUUGACCCUAACCAACGUUACUCCAUUUCUGAGUUUUUGAACGAUCCAUGGAUAUUGAAGGGUACUACCAAAGAGACCAUGCCCCCACCCAAGAAGUUACAUACCAGUGAAAAGAAGGCAACGCAUCCGGUGCAAGCUAUCAACAGUCGUUAUUCUAAGAAGUUCAUGAAGAACGACGUCUAUUCGCCAGCAGCGGUAGCAAUGAGAGAUGCUUUUGACAUUUCUACCGCAGUCCAUAGAAUGGGAGAGGAAAAGAAUUUCUCAUCACGAAUGAAUGCCUCGGUUAUAGGUGAUCUCGUUGAAGAAGAGGAGGAAGAUAAUGAGGAGCUUGUGGAUAGACUGGGCCGGGUUGUACGCGAUGCAGAACAAAUGCCUCGUCAUCAGCAUAAGCAUGCUCCAAAGCAAGCAAAUAAUUUGUUUGAUUUAGACUUGGGUGGUGCGUCGAUAUUAGAGAGGAGAAAACAGAAGCAGGUCCCUGUAAAGAUCUAA